CCGACAUUAGGAGUUACGGUAAAACCAAACCUGUGGUCGGAAAUUGAAUCGUAUGUAUCUACGAAGCCGGUGAAACAGAUAAUACACUAAGAUAAUCCCAGCAAGAAAACAAAAUGAAAGCGUCGCUCAUGCUCGUAUUAUUUCACACCUACGCGCUACUUGCGUCCGACAACCCACGCGAGCGAGACAAAAGGGGUUUGUAUCUGCCACUGUUUUAUCCAUUUGGAGGAACAUUCAAGUUCGUGCUAAGCUUUGCUAUACCUGUAAAGUUCGCGCCCAAAAGAGAGAUGGGUAUCGGCUGGAACUUCCAAUGGCAGUACGCGCUACCGAGAAAUACCACCAUGGUGGAAACUUAUCCACCCACCGUUUCAAGAUCCGACAGAGCUUUAAAGGAAGCACAAGGAAACAAUAUCGAUAACACAAGCGACCGGGCGAUGUUUUACAAUGUCGUCGAGAGCAUGCUCAACAAGGAAGGAAUAAACGGACGGGACUGCCUGCUGAGGACAAUCUGCGAAAACGCGGAGCACAGCGCUUCAAACGAUUUCAAUGGUUUCUACGGGCAAAUACUGCAUAUUCUUUUAACACCCAGUUACGGGACAGACGAGCCAGACUUGGAUCUUGACAUCGCUUAUGUCGACGCGCAAAGCGCAGGGGAAUACGGGGUUGAUUGUCGAUCUCUGUAUCCGGGUUGCGACUUAGACGGGCGAGGCUUUUUUGAUUUGUUCAGCGUAGUGGAUUUGCUGCCACACUAGUC